CAGAAAAUUCCAGAUUUUCUCACAGAAAAUUCCAGAUUUUCUGCAUGAACGCGAAGAGGAAUUUCUAGAAAGUGGCGGAUGUAUUCUACGUAUUAGCAAUUAGCACGUGGUAUUAGGAAGUCUAUUACAAAUGUCAUCUUGCUUGUUUCAUUAUCAAGACAUCAAACGUGGACACAAUGUGCUAAGUCAUGUUCUGUAUUGCGAGACUGAUCUUUCUUUGUUCUUUCUUUAUGUCAGGAUGCGUCUCAGGUUUGUCGAUCAUCAUGUCGUAUUUUAAUAGUCACAAAAGCGCAUUAAUUCUUUUCUAAUUGCCUUCGAAAUUUAUAAAUGUAGCAACGGUUAAUACAGCGUAGAGCGGGCAAUAUGUUUGUGUUGACUCUGUGAGUUUCGGUAAAGAAAACAUAAAUUGUUUACAGUAAAAACUUAGAUUUUAUAUUAGUGAGAUCAUAAAAUCAGUCACAGCAAGUCAUGAUGCGACUUUAAUAAUAUGGCAUGGAGAACACAGCAGUAUAAUAAAUACAGGUGAUUUUUGGUAGAUUCUCAUUAGCCCAAAGGGUCAAAUACAUAUUAAUAAACAAAGUGUAUUAUUUUUAUGUGAUUUGGGUGUUCAAAUGCAAUGUGCCUAACUAAUUUCACUUUCUCUAUAUAAAAGGAAGAAUAAUUGGGAUUAUGCCUAAGUGGCUAAUUAGUCAUGGGUAUUAACAGAUUGAUGAGACUAUAGGUUUAAACAGAGCUCUGUUGGGGUGGUAUCUACGUUUCAAAAGAUGUUUCGUCGCUUGAAAAUGUUGCUAUAUAUGCUUUCUGCCUUUUUCAUGUCACUGUCGCAAUUCAGACAGAGAUUGCAUCAAAUGUUGCAAUUUUAUUUUGUGUAUGUCACCAUCUGAAGGCAAUUUAUGCCAGCAAAGAUUCACUAUCUGCCUGUGAUUUCUGUUAACUUAUUAAACUCCAAAAUGCACCCUACGUUUUUAUAUAUUAUUGGGGUGAAUCACAUUUUAAUUAAACCAUUGAGGCACCAGCUAGUACUUUUCCCUUGACGAGUAAAACAAAUUAACUUGUUGCAUUGUGCCCUGUGUUAUUGUUUUAUUCUGACUAAUGCCAACAAUUUUACUUGUGUUUAUUACUUAUGCAGUGUUUAUUAAUUGACAAAUGAGUAGAUAUUCUGAUUAACCCAUUGAAUACCAGCUAGCUGCCCUUGAGAGUGAAAUGAUCUGGCAUAGACAGAUUAAAAUAAUAAAGUACUAGGGUGCAAUGCAAUGUAAUGGAUUAAUGGCUUGCAUAAAUGCCUAUAGCAAAAGUAAGCUAAUAAUAAGAAAGCUUUCGAUUGACAGGGAUACAGUUGUCUACCCAAAAAAUACAAGGAGAACUCUGAUGUUUCAAGCGAAGGCGUUUCGUUGGGAAGUAAGUAGCCACUGUACUUCUACUAAUUGCUCUCCUUGUAUUUUUCAGGCAGUUCUAUCUCUGUCAAUCUGAAGUUUUCUUAUAGCAAAAAUAAUAUAUUAAGAGCAGGAUGCAUGGGCAGUUUGUUUGGUUAACCAUUGAGUGGCAGCACUCUUCACUUGAUGAGUAAAUUGUCUGGCAUUAGACAGAGUAAAAUACUAAAGUAUUUAGGAUGCAUUGCCACUUAAAGGGUUAUCAAUCCUUAAUGUGUUUCAAAUUGUUUAUAAAAUAGUAUCAUUCAUCAAUUAUUAGGUGGCAAUCAUACGUGUCAGUUGACAAGUAAUGUUGGCAAUAAUUCUAAUAUUGCUGUGCUAGAACUUCAUCAGCACCUCGUUAUAAACUGUUCAACAACUCAAAAAAGUAGCAGUAAUCUCACAUUUGAAUGGAAAAAGGAUAAUCGUGUGAAAAAGAUCGGAGUACCAUCCAUAAAUAUAUCAGAUGUUGCAUGGAAUGACGCUGGAAGAUAUGAGUGCAUCAUUAAACAAAACCGAAGUUUGGAAUCAUGUGACUUCACUGUCAUAGUUAAAAGUAUGUAAUUUAUGUUCACAUAAUUUAUUUAAUCUGAAAAGUACCUGCAGUCCUGUCAACCUCAAAAAUUCAAAACAGCGAGAUUUUUUUCCAAAUCUUCUUCUCGUCACUUUAUUCCAAAAUGUCUUUUUCAAUUCUUCUUAUUACAUGUUCACACAGGGAUGGAUCAUACUGGUGUGUGUGUGUGUGUGUGUGGGGGGGGGGGGUACACCAGCCCUGGCCAUAGGGGGUGCAGGGGGAGUGCUAUUUUUCAUGACAAAGCAAAAAAUAUUGGAGACAAAAUGAGAUACAGUAAUUUGAGUAAUAACAUGAUGAUAAAGACUUUGCAUUAAUUUUAGUCAAUUGAGUUGAUGGCUCUGACCAGCUCUCUUUCUGUUCUUAUUACGUGUCCAUACCACCUCAACCUUGCUUCCCUCAUCUUCUCUACCAUGUCUACCACCCCACAUCUUCUGAUCUCUUCAUUCCAUAAUGUCUCUGACCAGCUCUCCUUCAUCUCUUCUUAUUACAUGUCCAUACCAUCUCAACCUUGCUUCCCUCACCUUCUCUGCAAUGUCUACCACCCCACAUCUUCUGAUCUCUUCAUUCCAUAAUGUCUCUGACCAGCUCUCCUUCAUCUCUUCUUAUUACAUGUCCAUACCAUCUCAACCUUGCUUCCCUCACCUUCUCUGCAAUGUCUACCACCCCACAUCUUCUUCUGAUCUCUUCAUUCCAUAAUGUCUCUGACCAGCUCUCCUUCAUCUCUUCUUAUUACGUGUCCAUACCAUCUCAACCUUGCUUCCCUCACCUUCUCGGCAAUGUCUACCACCUCACAUCUUCUUCUGAUCUCUUCGUUCCAUAAUGUCUCUGACCAGCUCUCCUUCAUCUCUUAUUACGUGUCCAUACCAUCUCAACCUUGCUUCCCUCACCUUCUCUGCAAUGUCUACCACCCCACAUCUUCUUCUGAUCUCUUCAUUCCAUAAUGUCUCUGACCAGUUCUCCUUCAUUUCUUCUUAUUACGUGUCCAUACUAUCUCAACCUUGCUUCCCUCACCUUCUCUGCAAUGUCUACCACCCCACAUCUUCUUCUGAUUUCUUCAUUCCAUAAUGUCUCUGACCAGCUCUUCUUCAUCUCUUCUUAUUAUGUGUCCAUACCAUCUCAACCUUGCUUCCCUCACCUUCUCUGCAAUGUCUACCACCUCACAUCUUCUUCUGAUCUCUUCAUUCCAUAAUGUCUCUGACCAGCUCUCCUUCAUCUCUUCUUAUUAUGUGUCCAUACCAUCUCAACCUUGCUUCCCUCAUCUUCUCUGCAAUGUCUAAUACGUUAUGUCACCUUUAUUUAAAAUGUAGUUUCUUUUAUUUUUCACAGCUUUGCCACAUGUGACAAUAGUUGGAGUCGACGUAUUAACAAAUACUUUGAUUGUGCCGUGCCUGGUAACAGGUUACUUCAAACCAAACAAAGUUAUUUGGUACAAAAAUAAUAAGCAAAUCUUUCCAAAUGACACAGGCUACUUUGUAAAAAACCUAAACAAAAACUAUUUUCUGUUUGUAUCGAAGCUCCAGAGAAGUCACGCAAAUUUAAAUGACUCUGGAAACUACUCGUGUGAGGCGAGGAAUAUAUAUGGAACGUCGCCAAGAACAUAUCACUACAUAUCAAAGUGUUUUAUUAAUAGUAAGUACACACGUGGAAACGCACAAGUUGUAACAAACCUGCAGCAAACUUGUAGUAAUGCUGUUCCAACAACUUGUCAACAGGAUGUGUUCGUACUGCUUGUUCCCAACUUGUUGACAAGUUGACGGUUGUUGACAAGUUGUCAACGGCUUGUUUAAAACUUUUGUUACAAGUUGUUCAAGCAACUUGUUAUUGUCCUGGAAUUCAACAAGUUGUGAGUGAUAACCUUGUAGCAACUUGAUAAAUAACAGCAUUGUUACAACUUGUUGUAAAGCUUGCUACAAGCUUGUUGCGAAUAUAUAUAUAUAUAUCUUGUUGACAAGUUGUGAGAUUUUUAUAUGUGUAUACUACGUGUAACUAUAUCAGUUCUUUUUUUCCAAUAGGCUUUGUGCUUGAGAAAUGCGCCGAAUUUAAAAACAAGACAAGAAAAAUUGAUGUGACGAUCAGCUUGGGGUCUUCAACGUCAUUACUGUGCGAAGUAAUGUAUUUUACCAUCUUUCCUUCAUUCUUUAAAUUCUUGAAAAUAGUCAACCAGAAGUUCGUUAAUAUUGGCGGUAACGAUACUAAAAACAUUUUAAAAAAAGAAAACAAAAUAAGCAACAUAGUCAAGUUGAUAAAUUAUACAAUCGUGAAUGCAUCAAGAAAUGAUACUGGCACAUACAAGUGUGAUUUUAUUAAUAAGAACGUCUUCUUUUGCCCGAAGAAUCUUUAUAAAGUCUUCAAUGUGAAAGGUAUGCUAUAUAUAUAUAUAUCAUAGAAUGACAUAGUCCGGCAAGCAGGGAAACGUCAUCCCAGUUGUUACCAUCUUGUAACCAACGGACUCGCAACAAGUUGUUUCAAGUUCCAACAAGUCUGAUAUCGUCUGCACGUAACAAGUUGUUAACAAGUUGAUAACAACAAGCUCGUAGCAACUUGUUACGAACAGCCUGUAUGAGUCUUGUUGGAACAACUUGUAGCAAGUCUGUUACCGUCAUCAACCUUGUAUAAACAAGGCUAUUACUUAGCUCAUUUUUUCUCUCACUGGUAUCUGCAGUCAUCGCUUCUUCACCAUUGAAUAAAAAGAAACUAAAUCUGGUCGUGGUCAUUGCUGUGAGUGUCACGGGAGCUUUGUCUGGUGUGGCUUUAAUUCUGUACGUUUAUCACUUGCGGAGGAAAUCGAAGGCACGAUUGUAUGGUAAGAUAACAUAUCCUGAAAUUAAAAUGUGAUGUUAAAAUGAUUUCACUUUCGGCAACGAUGAAGUCAUUGCAUGUGUUGUCUCUUGCGCCAGCACCGCGAUCAGUAAAUUUGGCCACGUUGCUUUGCCCUGUGCGAGAAAGAAUGAUGGCAUGGAUCGCGCUAUUCACCGGAAAUCGAGCGUGGUCAUGCGCUGUUAUCAUCGCGCGUUUAAUUUAAGUCCCAUAAAUUAUGUAUGUCUCUCUAUCUAGAUAUCUGUCCGGAUGAUCAACCAGAGUUACGUUGGGAUGUGUUCGUCUCCUACAGCAGUCACGAUUUUGUUUGGGUCAAUGAGCUCUGCCAAAUGUUAGAACAACCUCCCUUUAAUCUGAUCGUGUGUUUACACCAAAGGGAUUGGGAGCUAGGCCGCAGUCUGCAAGACAAUAUGGUAGAUUCGAUCUAUUGCAGUCAUAAGACCUUGAUUAUUGUAUCAAAACACUAUUUGCAAAGCGAAUAUUGUAUGCAGGAACUACAGCUUGCAAUGCACAGUGAAAUAGCUUCGGAACAUGUGCGGAAAGACAGAAUAGUUCUGAUCAAGAUCGACGAUGUUUCUACACAACGCUUGCCGAGAGUUUUAAGACAAAAAUCCUACCUUGAUAGUUCUGACCCCGAGCAUGCGAAACAUUUUAAAACUAAUCUGUUGCGUGUUUUGCCAAGACGAGAAUUGAUGGAAGAAGGACCGUUUGAAGAAGAAGACAAACAAAUUUCGGAUGACGCCAGUGGCAGCAGUCGCGAAAUGAGAUUACACGAAUUGCCAGUUGUUUAAGAGAAAACUCCAGAGAAAUAUUGAAGUCAUUCCAACCUGUGUGUUCCACUCCACAUGUAAAAACGCACAAGUUGUUACAGGUCUGCAGACUCUGCAAACAAAUCUGUUCACAAGCUAUCGACAAGCACGUCAAGUUGUGUUCGCACAGCUUGUUUCCAGUUGUUGGAAUAAGUUUGGAACAAACUGUUAACAACUUAGAGCAAGCUUGAUGGUAUUAUCAGACUUGUUAUACAAGGUUGUUCUAACAAGUAUGAUACAGUCAUGAUAUAACAAGAAUGUUACAAAGUUGACGACACAAGGUUGUAAAAAUAUUGUUAUAAAAUGCUUAUUUUCACGUCUUCAAUAGUACGCUAGCAUUUCAAGCCGUGACAAGUUUUUCCACCAUGACUUAAAUUGCACUUUAUUAUGCCCUAAUUACCAUUUUACUUUGUCUAUAACACCAGAUGAUUUUACUUAUCAAGGGCAGGGAGAGCUCUGAUGCUGAAUGGGUUGAAUUUAAUGUUUUAGUUAAAUAUAAUGGAGUGUUAUUGCCAACUAAUGCUAAAUUUAAUGGAGGUUUAGCUAACUUUCUGAAAUAUGUUCAUCUUAAGGGCCAUGUUUAUUGGGAUGACAGUUCACAAGAGGAUAUCACAGUUAAUGUUGGACAACACUUUUCAAUCGCUUGUGUGUUGCGAACUGUAAAUUUAAACAUUAAGCAAUGUUUUCAAUUUGGUGUGAUUCAUCACAGCCGAAGCUAUGUGAGACAUGCGUCAAUAACGUCGCCAUCGACAAACAAAACUCUUGCAGACACUCAUUAUCGGAUUAGGUAUUGGUAUAAUAUUACUAACGCACACAUCAAUGACACUGGUAUUUACACAUGCUAUUAUAACAUCAGAAACUGCAUAAUAACGUCAGACAAUUCUCUGUGUCAAAAGCCAGUUAAACACUUCAGUCUUCGUGUUAGAGGUGAGUUUGCUUUCUUUGACCCUUUUUAACGCAACAUAACAUAAACCUCCGAAUACAAUAAAUAUUAAAGUUUGUUUGUUCACUGCAACCAGGUAUAUCGAUCAUGUUUUGCUCGCUACUCUGGUGUAAAUAAAUGAUUACAAAGCCCAGUCGAAUUGUAAUGAAGACCCAACGUUUCGACUAGUAAUAUUAAGGUUACCUUAAAACCCUAUUUGACUUUAGGCCAUAUUUUCGCAAAGCCAAAAGAUCCUGUUGAAAAAAAUCAGAAAACUUGUGCUAUAUAUUCUAGACCAUGCGGUGAUUGCUACCUAUUUAGGUAGUCCAAGAACCAAAAAGUGGUACGGUAGCAAAAAUUGAGCGUAGUGUAAACGGGGCUUAGCUAAAUAGGUAGUCCAAGAACCAAAAAAGUGGUACGGGUACCAAUUUUAUCCGUGCCGUACCAAAAAUUGAGCGUAGUGUAAAUGGGGCUUAAAUGAACUUGCUGUUUUAAAACUGCAAUGCAUGAUAUUCUUUUGGCACAAGAAAGAAAAUAUGAAACGAAAACGUUCAACGAAAAUUUUGCCAAGAAAGUUCCAACCUGCCGUUCCCGGAAACGUGAAGCUUAUAAACUCCCUAAUAAUAAUAUUUAUUGUACUUGUAAAUUAUACUGUGAAUGAAAAGAAAGACAUUACAGUAUUAUAACAUAUUAUAACACUGUAAUGUAAUUACCGUCAUUUGCCUGAGCUGUUGGAAUCCCUGUCGUUUCUUCUUCGUUAAUAAAUACCUGUUCCAGGAGCGAUAAUUCAAAAUUUUAUUCGUACUUGACUGGUACGCCAAUGAUUAUUCAGCUGUGUGCUUGCGCAAACUCAGUACUCAAUGUGUACUUAGUCAUUAAAAUAAGGUUCAUAAAGUACAGGUUUCUGAAAAGUAUGACUACGAGUUAGAAAAAGAGGCAUAAUUGUCAAUUGCAUCUACAAACAAUCGAUGUUUCUUAAGGAUGAUUUCCUCUGUUGCGUUUUUCAUACGUACGUACACGCACGUAAAACUUUAAAUCCAUUUAAAUGUUACUUAUGAAAUAACCAGAUAAAUAAAGCAACACAAUUUAGUGUUCCGCAAGUUUUAGUAUGCAUUUGUUAUCUUAUUUGUAAAAUAUUUAAAAAAUAGAAGGAUUCAAAGUUUUACGUGCAUGUACGUGCGUACGAAAAACGCAACAGUGGAAAUCAGCCUUUAGUGCCAUCAAUCCAAUCAUGUUUCAUGGCAAGCAUGAUAAACCAACUAAGUGACGGUAUUGAAUACUUUGGGCUAGGAAAGGUCAGAUAGCAAGAGUUCCACGUACCUACGUGACUGAAAACAAAGAAGUACCUGACUGUAAUGUUGGCGUGGCUCUGGUACGUAAGCACGCGAAGUUUCGCACCCACACGGAGGCGUGCUCAGUAGAACUAACAGUUGAACAACUUUUAUGGGUGGAAAUUUCUAGCGAAAGAUAAUCGCAGGGUUCUAUUCCUUCCAGAGGAACUAUACUUGCAUUUUUCACAUCUGCUCGCGGUUAGAUCUAAAAUUAACAAAAUUCAAAUUGUUUAAACAGAAUGCUUAAAAUCUUGACAUUCUUCCGUUAACUUUUCUUCAAUCUAGGACCAGCAUUAACAGACACUUAUGAAAGAAAUAUAAAGAUCGCCAUCGCCGUGUCUUGUGCGAGUUUUGUAGUGGGACUGAUUAUCGUUCUCUCUAUAUUUUGUUUACGAAAGAAGAAAUUGAAGUCGCAACGUCUUUAUGGUAUGUGUGCAGCAUUAGAGUUUUAAAACGACAGGCGUUGCUUACCUGUUGUGUUACACAUGCAAAACUCUCGCAUCUUGUAGUAAGUCUGCCAACAAGCCAUCAACAAGUUGUGUUCGCACGGCUUGUUCCGAGUUGUCAACAAGUUUGGAACAAUCUGUUAACAAUUUGUAAUAACCUUGUUGAUAUUAUUAGACUUGUUUCAAGGUUGUUCCAACAAGUCCGAUACAGUCAUGAUAUAAGAAUAUUGUUACAACCUUGUGUCGUCAACCUUGUAACAUUCUUGUUAUAUCAUGACUGUAUCAGACUUGUUAGAACAACCUUGUAACAAGUCUGAUAAUGCCAUCAAGCUUGUUACAAGUUUGUUAACAGCUUGUUUCAAACUUGUUGCAACAACUGGGAACAACUUGUCGACAGCUUGUGAACAGGUUUGUAACAUCUUGUGCGUUAUUACGUGUGUACCACAGAGUCAUUCGUGCUGUAUACAUUACAAUUUACAAGCCAAACUUAUGAAAUAUUUUGUAUAGAGAGUGAGCCUGAACUCCGUUGGGAUGUGUUUGUCUCGUACAGUAGUAAAGAUUUUGAUUGGGUCAAAGAGCUCCGCAACACGUUAGAAAAACCUCCGUUUAACCUGAUUGUGUGUUUACAUCAGCGAGAUUGGGAAGUGGGCAGAACCAUACUGGACAAUAUGUAUUAGUCUAUAUACUGCAGUAAUAAAACUUUACUUAUUGUUUCAAAAAGUUACCUGGAAAGCUCAUUUUGUAUUGAGGAACUUAACAUUGCAAUUGGCUGUGAAACACAGAAACUACUAAAAGAUAAAGUUAUUGUAAUCAAACUCGACGAUGUCUCGCUCAAAAAACUUCCAAAAACUUUAAGACAGAAAUCCUAUCUCGAUUUCUCAAAUGACGAGCAACGCAAGCAUUACAAAACUAAACUUCUCAAAGCUUUGCCAAAACGAGACUUGGAGGAACCGUCUGAAGGGUCUGGGAACGAGGUGCAGUCUGAGGGGUCUGGGGACGAGGUGCAGUCUGAGGAAUCUGUGGACGACGCAGUUUAACGAGUCUGGGGACGAGAAUAUGGAGCGUGUGCCGUUACAUGAAAUUCAAAAUGUUUGAGAACCAGGAUCAGUUUAAAACAACAACAUUUGGGCAUUCCGAAACGUCGAAAUUCUCCUUGUUUUUGUCAGGCAUCCCUACCAGCCGACGGUAUUAUUGGUGGCACAUGCCUUACAAGAUUGAGUACUGUGAAACAUCUUUAUAAUGGUUGUUUCAACUUUGCAGGUGCUCCCUGUCUGCAGAUUUAGUGAGUGAAUGAGGUGAAUCUAGACAAGAUCGAGCAGCAUGCGGUGUGUUUUGCUACAAUCUCGGACAAAACCCUUGAGAGAUCGUUCCAGCCAAUAUUGCAAGGUUAACGCACAUUGACAAAACAAACUUCGUCUCCUCCUCUCCCCCCGUUCAAUGUUGUAGAGAACGCCGAAACAACUUUUGGUAAAGCCUGGUUCACAUAUGCCUGCGGCAUGCCUGCGACUGUAUCAUUAUGCCUCUACUUGCCGCCGAAAUACCGGCAAAGUUGAACUCAACUCAACUUUCCCGGCCUACCGCCGAUGUAACUGUGGCACUGGAGGCAAUCGGUGAACAAAUAUUCACAUGCAUAAUUUACGUUUUAAGCUACACCGACAUCGUCGCCGGUACGUCGCAGGCACGUCGCAGGCAUAUAUGUGAACCAGACUUAAUUUACCAUGCCACAAACUCAAUGUUGAGUUGGGGAGCGGGAGCUAAGGAGCGCAACAUGAUUUAGCAUGGAAUUUCUCACAAGGGGUAGGGGGAUUUUGUAUAGAGGGAAAGUAAAUGUUUUGGGGGGUCCAAAUAUACACGUAACAGUCAGUAGAGGGUCUGGGAUACUAUCUUCAUCAUCAUAGUGACUAGUUGUUUAUACAGAUUUUUUAUACAAACUAUAUAUAUGGAAAUAAUCUUUCUUCGCGCAAAAAUGCGCAAUUUGUUCCAGAUCUGUAAAAAAGUUCAGUUGCAACAAGGUUGUUGUGAAGCCGAUAUCAGGAUGUGUUCGCACUGCUUGUUCCCAGUUGUUGUGACAAGUCUGGAACAAGUUGUUAUCACAUUGUUACAAGGUUGAUGACAGUAACAGACUUGCUACAAGUUGUUCCAACAAGGCUAGUACAGGCUGUUCGUAACAAGUUGCUACGAGCUUGUUGGUCAUCAACUUGUUAACAAUCUGUUACAUGAAGACGAUAUCAGACUUGUUGGAACAACUUGUUGCGAGUUUCUACUUAACAUGCGUUGAAAUCAGAUUUUGUUGCAAGUUGCAGCAAUUUUGUUGUUUGUAUUUUAAUCUUCCGCGCUUUUUUACGUGAUGCAAUGACGUAAUCAUUGGCAAAUUAGCCUGCAAAUGUCGCACAGGAAUUCAUUCUUUGUUCGGAUUCCGUGAUACAUAAUUGAGCAUAAUUACCGAAUCUGAGCAAAUAUUGCCGGUUCCGUGUGAGAUUCUCCACGAAUCUGGAAAAGGGAACGGAUAAACCGAAGAAAAAUUCCGAUUUUCUGCAUUGAACAUAAAAUUCCAGAUUUUCUCACAGAAAAUUCCAGAUUUUCUGCAUGAACGCGAAGAGGAAUUUCUAGAAAGUGGCGGAUGUUUAUUCUACGUAUUAGGAAGUCUAUUACAAAUGUCAUCUUGCUUGUUUCAUUAUCAAGACAUCAAACGUGGACACAAUGUGCUAAGUCAUGUUCUGUAUUGCGAGACUAAUCUUUCUUUGUUCUUUCUUUAUGUCAGGAUGCGUCUCAGGUUUGUCGAUCAUCAUGUCGUAUUUUAAUAGUCACAACAGCGUAUUACGUAUUGUUUUCUAAUUGCCUUCGAAAUUUAUAAAUGUAGCAACGGUUAAUAACAGCGUAGAGCGGGCAAUAUGUUUGUGUUGACUCUGUGAAUUAAUUUCGGUGAAGAAAAUAUAAAUUGUUUACAGUAAAAACUUCGAUUUUAUAUUAGUGAGAUCAUAAAAUCAGUCACAGCCAUGCAGUCAUGAUGUGAUUUUAAUAAUAUGGCAUGGAGAACACAGCAGUAUAAUAAAUACAGGUGAUUUUUGGUAGAUUCUCAUUAGCCCAAAGGGUCAAAUACAUAUUAAUAAACAAAGUGUAUUAUUUUUAUGUGAUUUGGGUGUUCAAAUGCAAUGUGCCUAACUAAUUUCACUCUCUCUAUAUAUUAAAAAGGAAGAAUAAUUGGGAUUAUGCCUAAGUGGCUAAGUCAUGGGUAUUAACAGAUUGAUGAGACUAUAGGUUUAUAAACAGAGCUCUGUUAGGCUGGUAUGUACGUUUCAAAAGAUGUUUCGUCGCUUGAAAAUGUUGCUAUAUAUGCUUUCUGCCUUUUUCAUGUCACUGUCACAAUUCAGACAGAGAUUUGCAUCAAAUGUUGCAAUUUUAUUUUGUGUAUGUCACUAUCUGAAGGCAAUUUAUGCCAGCAAAGAUUCACUAUCUGCCUGUGAUUUCUGUUAACUCAUUAAACUCCAAACUACACCCUACGUUUUUAUAUAUUAUUGGGGUGAAUCACAUUUUAAUUAGUGAAUUAACCAACCAUUGAGGCACCGGCUAGUACUUUUUCCUUGACAAGUAAAACAAAUUAACUUAUUGCAUUGUGCCCUGUGUUAUUGUUUUACUCUGACUAAUGCCAACAAUUUUACUUGUCAAGGGGAGAGCACUAGCCUUCAAUGUGUUAAUAUGUGUUUAUUAAUUGACAAAUGGGUAGAUAUUCUGAUUAACCCAUUGAAUACCAGCUAGCUGCCCUUGAUGAGUGAAAUGAUCUGGCAUAGACAGUAAAAUAAUAAAGUAGGGUGCAAUGCAAUGUAAUGGAUUAAUGGUUAAAAACUUGCAUAAAUGCCUAUAGCAAAAGUAAGCUUUUGAUUGACAGGGAUACAGUUGUCUACCUAAAAAAUACAAGGAGAACUCCGACGUUUCAAGCGAUUAGCCACUGUACUUCUACUAAUUGCUCUCCUUGUAUUUUUCAGGUAGUUGUAUCUCUGUCAAUCUGAAGUUUUCUUAUAGCAAAAAUAAUAUAUUAAGAGCAGGAUGCAUGGGCAGUUUGUUUGGUUAACCAUUGAGUGGCAGCACCCUUCACUUGAUGAGUAUAGUCUGGCAUUAUAGACAGAGUAAAAUACUAAAGUAUUUAGGGUGCAUUGCCACUUAAAGGGUUAUUAAUCCUUAAUGUGUUUCAAAUUGUUUAUAAAAUAAUAUCAUUCAUCAAUUAUUAGGUGGCAAUCAUAGGUGUCAGUUGACAAGUAAUGUUGGCAAUAAUUCUAAUAUUGCUGUGCUAGAACUUCAUCAGCACCUCGUUAUAAACUGUUCAACAACUCAAAAAAGUAGCAGUAAUCUCACAUUUGAAUGGAAUAAGGAUAGGCCGUAUCGUGUGAAAAAGAUCGGAGUACCAUCCAUAAAUAUAUCAGAUGUUGCAUGGAAUGACGCUGGAAGAUAUGAGUGUAUCAUUAAACAAAACCGAAGUUUGGAAUCAUGUGACUUCACUGUCAUAGUUAAAAGUAUGUAAUUUAUGUUCGCAUAAUUUACUUAAUCUGAAAAGUACCUGCAGUCCUGUCAACCUCAAAAAUUCAAAACAGAGAGAUUUUUUCCCAAAUCUUCUCGUCACUUCAUUCCAAAAUGUCUUUUUCAAUUCUUCUUAUUACAUGUUCACACAGGGAUGGAUCAUACUGGGGUGUGUGGGGGGGGGGGUACACCAGCCCUGGCCAUAGGGGGUGCAGGGGGAGUGCUAUUUUUCAUGACAAAGCAAAAAAUAUUGGAGACAAAAUGAGAUACAGUAAUUUGAGUAAUAACAUGAUGAUAAAUGAACUGUAAACAACAAUUACAAUUGAAAUACAGUAGUCAAGCAAGACUUAAAGUUUGCAUUAGUCAAUCAGGUUGAUGGGCCUAAAUUGUUUCCCUCCCCCUUCUCUGCAAUGUCUACCACCCUACAUCUUCUUCUGAUCUCUUCAUUCCAUAAUGUCUUUGACCAGCUCUCCUUCAUCUCUUAUUAUGUGUCCAUACCAUCUCAACCUUGCUUCCCUCGCCUUCUCUGCAAUGUCUAUCACCCCACAUCUUCUUCUGAUCUCUUCAUUCCAUAAUGUCUCUGACUACCUCUCCUUCAUCUCUUCUUAUUACGUGACCAUACCAUCUCAACCUUGCUUCCCUCGUUUUCUCUGCAAUGUCUACCACCCCACAUCUUCUUCUGAUCUCUUCAUUCCAUAAUGUCCCUGACCAACUCUCCUUCAUCUCUUAUUAUGUGUCCAUACCAUCUCAACCUUGCUACCCUUGCCUUCUCUGCAAUGUCUACCUCCCCACAUCUUCUUCUGAUCUCUUCAUUCCAUAAUGUCUCUGACCAGCUCUCCUUCAUCUCUUCUUAUUACGUGUCCAUACCUGCCUCGUCCCCAGGCGCUAAUUAAAAGUUUCAUGCGAGUCACUAUAUGAAAGAUUUACAUGAAGUAGUGCAUCGCGAUGAACAAGCGCAGGGGGUUCGCUCAUAUCCCACUCCCCUUUGCGCGCCUAGAAUGUGACGCACUACUUCAUGUAAACCUUUCAUAUAGUGACUCGCAUGAAUUUUUUUAUUAGCGCCUGGGGACGAGGCAGUGUCCAUACCAUCUCAACUUUGCUUCCCUCACCUUCUCUGCAAUGUCUAAUAAGUUAUGUCUUUAAAAUGUAGUUUCUUUUAUUUUUCACAGCUUUGCCACAUGUGACAAUACAACGACCCAAUGUAUUAACAAAUACUAUGAUUGUGCCGUGCCUGGUAACAGGUUACUUCAAACCAAACAAAGUUAUUUGGUACAAAAAUAAUAAGCAAAUCUUUCCAAAUGACACAGGCUACUUUGUAGAAAACCUAAACAAAAACGAUUUUCUGUUUGUAUCGGAUCUCCAGAGAAGUCACGCAAAUUUAAAUGACUCUGGAAACUACUCAUGUGAGGCGAGGAAUAUAUAUGGAACGUCGCCAAGAACAUAUCACUACAUAUCAAAGUUUUUUAUUAAUAGUAAGUACACAUGUAAAAACGCACAAGUUGUAACAAACCUGCAGCAGACUUGUAGCAAUGCUGUUCCAACAACUUGUCAACAGGAUGUGUUCGUACUGCUUGUUCCCAAUUUGUUGACAAGUUGACGCUUGUUGACAAGUUGUCAACGGCUUGUUUAAAACUUUUGUUACAAGUUGUUCCAGCAACUUGUUAUUGUCCUGGAAUUCAACAAGUUGUGAGUGAUAACCUUGUAGCAACUUGAUAAAUAACAGCAUUGUUACAACUUGUUGUAAAGCUUGCUACAAGCUUGUUGCGAAUAUAUAUAUAUAUAUAUCUUGUUGACAAGUUGUGAGAUUUUUAUGUGUGUAAUGUGUAUACUACGUGUAACAAUAUCAGUUCUUUUUUCCCAAUAGGCUUUGUGCAUGAGAAAUGCGCCGAAUUUAAAAACAAGACAAGACAAAUUGAUGUGACGAUCAGCUUGGGGUCUUCAACGUCAUUACUGUGCGAAGUAAUGUAUUUUACCAUCUUUCCUUCAUACUUUAACUUCUUGAAAAUAGUCGACCAGAAGUUCGUUAAUAUUGGCGGUAACGGUACUAAAAACAUUUUUAAAAUAGAAAACAAAAUAAGCAACAUAGUCAAGUUGAUAAAUUAUACAAUCGUGAAUGCAUCAAGAAAUGAUACUGGCACAUACAAGUGUGAUUUUAUUCCUGAGAACGACUUCUUUUGCCCGAAGAAUCUUCAUAAAGUCUUCAAUGUGAAAG